AUGGAUCCGCCGACGGAAACCGCAGCCCGCUCUGCUGCCCGCCAUGGCCGCCCAAGACUGAAGGGGAAUCGCCACCAACCGAAGAGGAGCCGCGGAGACGCCAAUAGUCCAUCUUCCGUCCUGGUGCUGGUCGAAGACGGCUGGGUGCGACGGUAUGGUCAGAAGGGAAGGGUGGGGGAUGCCCGGCGCCUUUUUGAUAUUAUCCCUCAACACACGAGGUCUGAAAGAAAUGUGGUCUCUUGGAAUUCGAUGAUAAUGUCAUAUGUGAAAGCUGGAGACAUGGCUAGUGCAAGGGAUCUGUUUGAUCAGAUGGCGGAGAGUCGAGACACUGUGACGUGGAACACUAUGAUUAGUGGUUAUGUUCUUGCAUUUGAUAUGGAGGCCGCCUUGAUGCUCUUUUCUGAAAUGAAAUCUCCUGAUGUCUUGUCGUGGAAUUCGAUAAUCUCGGGCUUUGCGUUGGUGGGUAAUAUGGAGGCUGCGCUCGAAUUUUUCCAGAGAAUGCCCGUGAAGAAUCGAGUUUCAUGGAACACCAUAAUUGCUGGGUACGAAAAAAAUGGAAGCUUCAGUGAAGCAAUCGAGCUGUUUGUUCACAUGCAAGCCCAAGGAGAGGAAAAACCCGACCGGCACACUCUGUCUUCACUUCUCAGCAUGUGUGCUGAAACAGCAGAUCCGCAUCUUGGCAUGCAAAUUCAUCAAUUGAUAAUGAAGACGGUUAUUCCAGACACCCCUCUGAAUAAUUCCCUUAUCACCAUGUACGCAAGAUGUGGAGCAAUAUCCGAAGCAAAUACCGUUUUCAACGAGAUGGAAUCACGAAAGGAUGCCAUCUCUUGGAAUGCUAUGAUAGGCGGUUACGCAUCCCACGGUUUUGCAAAAGAGGCUAUUGAACUUUUCGAGUCGAUGAAGCGUUUCAAAGUGAAACCGACUUACAUCACGUUCAUAUCGGUUUUAAGUGCGUGCGCGCAUGGCGGUCUCGUUGAACAAGCAAAAUCCUACUUCAAAUCAAUGAUUAGCGAUUUUGGGAUCGAGCCGCAGGUGGAGCAUUUCACAUCAGUUGUGGAUGUUGUGGGAAGAUACGGGCGGGUUGAGGAGGCUAUGGAUAUAAUUAGGCACAUGCCUAUGGAGCCUGACUCGGCCGUGUGGGGGGCGUUGUUGGGCGCGUGUAGGGUGCACGGUAAUGUGGAGCUGGCGAGAGUUGCGGCUGAGGCAUUGAUGAGGCUUGAGCCAGAAAGCUCUGGAGCUUAUGUUCUGCUGUACAAUAUGUAUGUGGACGCAGAGAGAUGGAACGAUGCGGAUCGAAUCAGGAUAAUGAUGGAUGAGAAUAAAGUUAAAAAGGAACGAGCUUUUAGCCGGGUGGAUUCGGUUGCUCAUAAUCUUCUUUUGCCUUGA